UGGUGAUGACUAAUGAUGGUGCUGAUAAUGAUCGUCGUCCACAAUAUUUACAAGAUUUUCUUCUAAUUAAAGAUGAUGACAAAUUCUUUUCAAGACUUUUGUCUAAGGAAAAUUCCAAUAAAGGUGAGUCUUCUUUUAGGUUUUAUUAUUAUGGAGGAUCUUCUUCAUCUAGUUCAAUUCCAUUUCAUUGGGAAUCUGAACCAGGUACCCCUAAACAUAAAUUUUCAAAUUCAACUUUAUUAAAUCCUCCACUUACUCCUCCACCUUCUUAUAAUAAUAAUAUUAAUAAUCAAUCCCUUAAUGUACAUUUAAAUUCUUUGCAAAAAUUACGAUCAAAUAAACCUAAGUUUUAUCGCUCAAUUUUCUCCAAGAGAAUCACUUCUUCUCCAUCAAUUGCUUCCCUAUCUCCCUCCUCAUCUCGUUCGUCAUCAUUCUCUAUGUCUUCCAUGCCACUAUUCGCGUAUAGUUCAAACUUAACGAACUUCGAGAGUAAUCCCCACGUGGCAAUUGAUGAUUCGCCAACGUCUACACAUAAGUGCUUUGGUUCGACACAUGAGAAUAAAUCCAGGCGAUUUCGAGUUAGCUACUACUCUAUGAGGAAAGUGAAGAAACUAUUGUUGUCCUUUAUUGGGAUUCGUGCUUCUAGGAAUAUAAAAUGACGAA